AUAUUAAAGUUUACCUUUUAAAUAAUCAAGCGUGAUUAGUAUUAUGUCGAUAAAGAAGCUUUGUCAAAAGAAACGAGCGUUUGUUUAUACCCGAGUGUUCUCUUUCGUCCGCCAUCUUGAUUUAUAUUUCUCUAUGCUAAUUUAUGCACGCUUAACAUGUGUGACGUCAUAACCUGGGUUGAUCUAAACAUCUUGGCGCGAAAUAUAAAUUUCUAUUUACUUUUACUGCGCCAGAAUGUAUUGCCCGGUUUACGGUUGCACAAGCGAUUACAAAAAGAACAAAGAAAACAAUAUACAUUAUUUUUCAUUUCCGAAAGCGUCAAAUAAAGAAGAGCAGAGAAGGCGAAAUAUCUGGAUCGACUUUUGCAAGCGAAAAAACUUCCGUCCAUCGAAAUGCACUUGCAUGUGUUCCUUACACUUCGCUACUGACUCCUAUGUUCCAUCACAUUCUCCCGAUUUUUUAAAGUCGAUAAAUUUUUUUGGAAAACGUAAGUUAAUUCUCAAACCCGACGCUGUGCCAACUAUAAGAAAAGCACUUGAUUCUGACACCAAUAAAGAAGAGGCAUCAGCAAAAAAGAAGAGGUCGACAGGUAUCCUUUCAAGAAGAAAGGAGGUAGAUGAGUUGAUCGCUCAUGCUGAAAGUUUUGCGGGAAAAGCAGACGAGGGUGAAUCAGAAGGAACCAUACUUGAAAGCAGUGUUAGCGCCAGUGCCAGUGAGACAUGCCAACCAGAGGCGAGGGAGUUAAAAAAACACUCGUCAGUAUCUGUUCAAACUAUCCGUCUAGAAUACGUUGGUAAAAAUGCGGGUACCCAGACAAGUAGGAAGCUUGAAGGAACAAAAUUAACAUGCGUGACAAAAGGAACACAAACCUUCGUCAGCAAUGAAUUUUUUACAAGACUCGAGUCGCUCAAGAAAGCUUCAACAUCCUCACAAACGGAUCCAAUAGAAUGUGACAGUAGUAAUGCAAUUGUAAGUGAAGAAAUCAGGAAAGUGGAAGACGAUGGACAUAGCUUGAACGAUAAGAAAUUGGCUGUGACUGUGGAUUUGGACAAGAAUAAUAUUGAAAAUUCAGACCACGUUAAAGAUGACCACGACGAAAAUGAUGCAGGCGACGAUAGUUGUGACGAAGAGUUUUUACCCACAUCUGGCGAAGAAAGCGAAUCUGAUGAAGAACAUAUCGAAGAUACAAAGACAUGCGAUUCGGUCAUUCUUACAAGUGACAAACCCAUUCAAGAUCAGCUAAAACUGAUUAUAUGCGAGGAAUCAAUUGCGACUAUGUUCAGUGUUUGCUUUAAAUGCGGAAGUCGUUGCACUGUUUCUGUUGGGAACACAAUUGGAAGUUAUUGCACUAUCUACAUAUCAUGCUGUUCAUCAGCAAACCAUGAAAUAACCUGGUCAACAGGCCCUCUUCUGAAUCGAUUGCCAGCGAUGAAUUUACUUAUGGCGUCAACAAUAUUGAGCACAGGCAUGGAGUGCAACAAGACGUUGAGAUUCAUGGAAUCGCUAAAGAUUUUGUGUUUUAAGAGACGCGAGUUUUCAAAUGUCCAAGGUGCCUAUGUUAUACCGGCUGUAGUCAGUGUUUGGAGAACAGAGCAACGGAAACUGUUGUCCGAGAUUGAUGGAAAAUCGAUUGAAAUUGCGUCGGAUAUGAGAGUGGAUAGCCCUGGACACAGUGGGCUCCUUGGAGCUGGAAGCAGUCUUGAUCAAAUAGAAAUGUCAUUCUCGAUACUCAAAUAA